GCCAGCCACCCCUGCCCUGGACACAGAGGAUCUAACACAGUCUUGGCCCCACUCUGGAAAAGCCAUGGCAUCUCUGGGGACUCUGGGAAUGAGGUGCCUGAGUGGCAUCAGGGUCUCUGCCUAGGGACACGGGAUCAUUUGUGCCCUCCUUGGUGGUUAAGUCACAGUUCAGGCUGGGUAUCU